AUGGGAAAACAGGAAAACAAAUGGGGAAAGGGGAGAAAAAACAGGGAAAAAGCAGAGAAAGAGGGGAGCAGAUGGAUUUAGGGGUCACCCUGUGCCCUCCCAUCCAGGCUAUUUCAUGGACCACGCCGUGCAGCUGCAGGACCUUCCUGUCAGGGUCGUGUGUUCCAGCACCUGCUACCGCGCCGAGACCGACACGGGCCAGGAGCCCUGGGGGCUCUACCGCGUCCACCAGUUCACCAAGGUGGAGAUGUUCGGGGUGACGGCGGCCGAGCGCGGGACGGAGAGCGAGGAGCUGCUGGAGGAGUUCCUGGCGCUCCAGAAGGAGAUUUUCUCGGAGCUGGGGCUCCAUUACCGCGUCCUGGACAUGCCCACGGAGGAGUUGGGGCUCCCCGCCUACCGCAAGUUUGACAUCGAGGCCUGGAUGCCUGGACGGGGCAAAUUCGGGGAGAUUUCCAGUGCUUCCAACUGUACGGAUUACCAGAGCCGGCGGCUGAACAUCAUGUACAGCGGGGAGGGGGGCCGGCUGAGCCACGCCCACACGGUGAACGGCACCGCCUGUGCCGUGUCCCGGAUGCUCAUCGCGCUCCUCGAGUGCAACCAGCUCCCGGACGGCCGUGUCCGGGUGCCCCCCGUGCUGCAGCCGCUGGUGGGGCAGGAGGUGCUGGCCCGGCCCCCCGGCCCCCUCCUGCGCUACAUCGGCCCCAACCAGCCCGGGGGGGGCCCCCCCAAAACAGAGGGGGGGUCCUGAGGUGGGGAGGGGUCCCCGUGGAGGAGGCAGAGCGUGGCUGGAGCUGGGACAUCGAGGGAUGGACACGACACAGGGGACACAGAGAACCCUGUCCAGCGUGUCCCCGAGGUGACAAAUCCCGACAAUAAAUCCUGGAAAUCUCCCCUGC